AUGGGAACCAUCCACAACCUCGUUGAUAUCCUCCGUCUUGAACAGAUGCCGAUGACUCAACCUCCUCGCUCGAUCACAUCUCCUGAGCGUUAUAUCUGGGAAGAGAUCUCAGGUCAGCUGGUUCCAACUAGAGCGGAAGCUGUAACCGCGAACAACAACCAAGCUGUCCCCUCCGAGAUCAUUGACUUCGGUUCCGGGUGUCGCGAAAUGUACACUGCGUCGAUGGAUUACCCAUCUCAAGCUUCGCAUAUUGCAUUCUAUUUUGUCAGUCUUGGAGGAGCCGCAUACGCACCUCCACCAAUGUUCCUAUGCGGCAUCGAGGUUUUCCACAGGAAUCCAGAUGAUGGCCAGUUCUUGCUGGGCUACAGGUCGCCCAUUCGCCGAAUCCACAUACUAGACCCGGAGAAAAGUGUGACGGGCUUCAACGUUACCGUGGGAUCACGAGGGAUCUCGAGCAUCCAAAUACAGUUCGUGGAAGGCUUCAAAUCAUGCUGGUAUCAAGGCAACUCUGGAGACGAAAACCCGGAGAGUAUGAGGGCAGUGGGCCCCGGCCGCAUCUGUGGGAUCAAAGCCUCCUUUGAUGGUUUGAAGAUCGUCAGCCUAGGUGUGGCAAAACUACAAGUCCCCGAGCCGGGUACGUCGCUGAAGGAGUCCGGCAUUUGGUACCCCGAGAUCCCGCGAUUUCCAGUCUGCUUGAAUGAGGAAAUUCUCCCGAACCUAGCAUUUUACUCCACAGGAUAUUUUCCGCUGUUCUGGGUACGCUUUGGGGGUGCUAGAGGCGAGUACCUCGAGUCACUGAAGAGCAUUGACAUUACCAUUGUGGACGGUGUCUGGGGAAUUGAAUUCGCGUAUUGCGACGGUCGAGCGCCGGAAAAGUUGGGACGACACCCCUACGACAUUGAUCUAGACCCGGAAAUCCCCAACAUCCUGACCAUUGAAGUCGACGGCCCGCGUGGUGAGCGGAUUUCCUCCAUCUCGUUGUGGUACGAUAGCGACACGUUUGCCCAAGGACAAAUCAACAAGCCCUGCGGCAUCGAGAUACAUACGAACUGGGGCAACUCUCGACUCUGUGGCGAUGGUGGGACCGUGGUGGGAUACUUGAAGAAGGACCUUGAGCCUGAAGAGGGAACUGUCAUCACGGGAUUUUACGCCAACCAGCUGCCCACCGCUGGAUUCACGACAAUUGGACUUAUGUCGGAAAGGGUCGAAUUCGAAUUGGGACCGUGCAGUCUUGCGUCACUGCGACUUGAUUGUUGA